UUCACACUAACACAGUUCACACACACACACACACACCCAUGACAGACCCCUUUAAUUCAAAAGCUAAUAUUUCAAAUCAUUUUUUUCCUCCCCAACCUCCCCUCCUUGUCUUUUUCUCUAUUCUUUUCCACCUGCAUUUGCCUGUCAAAACCCUAGGUUUCAUUUGAAAACAGGGUUGUCAUUAUUGCCGUUGUGUUUAGUCAUGAUCCAGGACCUGCCAGCUUCUUGGACAGAAGUGUCUGUAGCUCUGUGAGCUUCUGAUUUUUCUACAUUUCUUAUGAAUAAGUCCUGUUUUAGGUUUCUAGGGUGCAACUCCUUCAGCUUUCAACAUCACUUUCUCUCUGUUUGUUGUGGGUAAAGAUCGAAAAUUUUGUUGGGUUCUUGGAUUUUCCUCAUUCCAAGAAAAACCCUUGUAAAACCCACUGCUUUGAGAUCUCUAUUUAUGCUCAAUUUUUUGUUGUAAUUUAGGAAUCUCUGGUUUAGUUAAAGGUUUGUGGUUCGAGGGUUUAAAGUUGCAAUCUUUAGGCACCAAAAAUAAAUUGUCUGGGUAACAAAUCAAUCAGUAAAUGCAUGGAUGGGAGAGAAGCAAUGGCCUUGUCUGGUGGCUCAGCUUCAUAUUACAUACAUAGAGGUGGAGUCGGUGGUUCUGUGUCUGGGACACAAUCCGGGUUGUUACAAACACCACCUGGCUUGAGAACCGUGUCGAACCCGGGUAUUCAGGCUCAGUCCAAUGUCCGGAGCAGCUUGAUUAGACCAACAUUUUCAGUGGAGCCGCCGCAUGCGAAUUUCACUCAUGGUGCCAUUAGCAUAGGAGUCCCUCCUGGAGUUCCAUCCGGUGAGCCUGUAAAGAAGAAAAGAGGGAGGCCCAGGAAAUACGGUCCUGAUGGUUCAGUCUCUUUGCGGCUGUCUUCUAUGUCUGGUACUCCUAAUGCCACACCAGGUUCGAACAUGCUAACCCCGAAGCGGGCUAGGGGGCGGCCACCUGGGAGCGGGAGGAAGCAGCAACUAGCUACUCUUGGUGAAUGGAUGAACAGUUCAGCUGGACUGGCUUUUGCUCCACAUGUUAUCACCAUUGGUGUUGGGGAGGACAUUGUCGCAAACAUAUUGUCAUUUUCACAACAGAGGCCAAGGGCUGUGUGCAUCUUGUCAGGCAGUGGUACAGUUUCUUCAGUAACGCUACGGCAACCUGCAUCUACUGGUGUCAGUGUCACAUAUGAGGGCCGUUUCCAGAUACUGUGCUUGUCUGGUUCUUACUUGGUUGCAGAAGAUGGCGGCCCUCGCAAUCGGACAGGUGGCAUAAGUGUUUCCCUUUCAAGUCCUGAUGGUCACGUUAUUGGGGGCAGCAUUGCAAUGCUUAUUGCUGCAAGCCCAGUUCAGGUGGUAUUGUGCAGUUUUGUAUAUGGAAGUUCUAAGACCAAGACCAAACAAGUGGCUAGUGCCAAAGCUAAUAAGGUUUCUGAAGCUCAGCGCAGCGACAAGUUAGCUACACAAACCAGUGCUUCACCUACACAAAAUUACAGUCCCUCUAUGACAGGCAUUUGGCCUGUUUCACGGCCGCUGGAAAUGCGAAACCAGCAUACUGGUAUUGACUUGACGCGUGGAUGAACAUUCGUUGCAACAGACACAUGGCAAAUUUGUAUAUAUGUGUCGUUGUACAUGAACUGAAUCUAAGGGAAUUGUAACUUGUUUGCUGGACCGUAGGAUGACAGGUUUGUUCUAACAUGUUCUGUAACAAAGCCAUAAUUUCAAGAUUCUCGGGAAACAAUCUUACUGAUAAGUUGAUGAUAUUUGGAGAGUUGGUGUUA